ACCAUGGAGAAGCUGUUGUGGUGUUUCCUGGUCUCAACCUGCUUCUCUCAAGCUUUUGGCCAGACAGAUAUGUAUAAGAAGGCCUUUGUGUUUCCCCAAGAGUCAGAUAAUUCCUAUGUGUCCCUGAAAGCACAAUUAACGAAGCCUCUCACAGCCUUCACUGUGUGCCUCCACAUCUACACCGAACUGACCAAGACCCGUGGGUACAGUAUCUUCUCUUAUGCCACCAAGACACAAGCAAACGAGAUCCUCAUAUUUUGGUCCAAGGACAGCAGAUAUUCUUUAACAGUGGGUGGGUCUGACGUACACUUCAGUGUUCCUGAAGUCACUGUGGCUCCAGUACACAUUUGCACAAGCUGGGAGUCGGCCUCAGGGAUUGUAGAGUUCUGGGUGGAUGGGAAGCCAAUGGUGAGGAAGAGUCUGCAGAAGGGAUAUUCCUUGGGGGCAGAGGCAAGCAUCAUCCUGGGGCAGGAACAGGAUUCUUUCGGUGGGGGCUUUGAAAAACACCAGUCUUUGGUGGGAGACAUUGGAAACGUGAACAUGUGGGAUUUUGUGCUGUCGCCAGAUAAGAUUAACACUGUCUAUCUUGGUGAGACCUUCACUCCUAAUGUCCUGAACUGGCGGGCGCUUACGUUUGAUGCACAUGGUGAAGUGUUCAUCAAGCCCCAGCUGUGGCCCUGAGGCUCAAUGGUGGGUCAU